GCCUCGACUAGACGCGUGUGAAAAAGGACAAUUUAAUAAUAAUAUUCAAUUUCUCAUAAAUAAUUUUCGUUGUUUACUUUUGUGAUAUAUUGAUAUAACACUGGAACAUAACCUAAUUAGAUAUACCUACACUUGAUUUUAAAUCCUAUACCAACGCAACAAUGCUCUCUUCUUAACUCAAUAGCUGCAUAAUUUACCGACCAAAUAAAACAUCAAAAUGGUGCAAAGAAUAAUUCCGGUGCAAUCCACACAAAUAAAGAAGGAUGAUCCAUUGGCGAAUUUGAUCGGACAGUUCGGGAAAUGGCAAUGCAUAGUGAUAGCGACGGUGUCGCUCGUGAAGCUGUCGUCGGGCUGGGUGCAGAUGGCCAUCAUCUUCCUGACGCCGAACCUGGUGUUCUGGUGCCAGGACUUCGGCGACAACUCGAGCCGCGUGGGAGAGAACGGCACGUGCUACGCGCAGUGCGCGCGUUACGCGUACGACAGCGCGCCGUUCCAGAACACGAUCAUCACGCAGUGGGCGCUGGUCUGCGAGCGCACGUGGAUGGCGAGCUUCGCGCAGAUGGUGCUGCAGCUGGGCGUGCUGCUCGGCAGCGUCAUGUUCGGCUUCCUCUCCGACAGAUACGGCAGAAAAUACACCUUUCUGGCAUCUAUAACUUCAGUAAUAGUAAUGGGAUUCGCCGUCUCAUUUCCCAAAGACUACAUAACCUUCGCGAUCCUCAGAUUCUUCUUGGGGAUAGCAACAUCUGGAACUAUGGUCAUCUCUUUCGUCAUUGUAAUGGAAACAGUUGGGCCGAAGUACAGAGAGAUAUGCGGUUGUCUCUUUCAAAUACCAUUCCUUGUGGGGCACAUAACGAUACCAGCUUUCGCAUACUUCUACAGAAAUUGGAAUACAUAUAGCUUGGCGAUGGCGGUGCCUCCGCUGAUAUAUCUGGGGUACUUCUUCCUGUUGUCGGAGUCCCCGCGAUGGUUGGUGAGCGUGGGCAAGGUGGAGGAAGCGACCAAGAUUGUGAGCAGAGCCGCGGAAAUGAAUGGUCUGCCCACAGAAAAAAUAGAGGAGACACUGAAAAAGAUGUCCGAAGACAUUAAAGAUAAGUCUACAGAUACAAAGCCGAACUAUGGAGAUCUAAUCAGACCGGGCCUCGUCCUCAAAACUGCUGCAUCCACCACCCUUUGGAUGAUCGCUGGCUUCACGUACUAUGGCUUCAAUCAGUAUGUCAGCCAGACCAGUCCAGACCCUUUCCUCACUGUAGCAACCGUUGGUGCUAUACAGGUACCAGCAAUCCUGACUUCCGUCUGGCUGCUGAAACACAUCGGACGCAAAGCCGCGGUAGUGACAUUCCUCGCUCUCGGAGGGCUCUGCGUGUUGACCCUCGGCGUUGUUCCCGACACUUUCUGGAUCACCUUAACAUUAGGAUGCAUAGGAGUCAGCUGCGUAUCCAUAGUAUGUACCUGUAUCUAUAUUUAUACAUCAGAGUUGUUCCCGACGGUGGUGCGUAACAUGGGCAUGGGAGCAUGUUCGACGAGCAUGCGCGUCGGCUCGAUGAUCGCGCCGUUCGUGGCGGAUUUGUCAAAGACGGCGCCGUGGAUGCCGACCGUCGUGUUCGGGCUAGCGCCGCUGGUGGGCGCGCUGGUGUGUCUGCUGCUGCCCGAGACCAAGGGCACCGCGCUGCCUGACAGCAUCAGAGACGUUGAGGACAGCGCCUAAUGCUGGGUAUGCAGCGAGUAAUCGUCUGCACGGUACAAGUAAGACCUCAUGUCUUACUUGUAGUGAAUGAAUGAGUGAAUGAAUGAGUGAAAUGAAUGAGUGAAUUAAUGGGUGAAUGAAUGAAUGAUGAAUGCGUCAGCCACUCAUCAUAGUAUUAAAGAUGUUAGACAGAUACCAAAUCCAUCUAUAGACAAAACUCAUUAAAUUCUGCGCGGUAUAGAUUGCCGGGUAUGACGUUAUGAAUGGAUGAAUGAAAGAAGGAAUGAAUGAGAAACUAGACCAAGGGCACUCCGCUGCCGGACAGCAUCAGAGAUGUUGAGGACAGCGCUUAAUGCUGUGUAUAGCCUAAUUGCAGCGAGUCUUCGUCUGCUCGGUACAGAUAAGGCGACAUGAAUGAAUGAAUGAUGAAUGCGCCUGCCACUCAUCAUAGUAUUAAAGAUGUUAGACAGAUACCAAGACUAUCUAUAGACAAAACGCAUUGAUGAUCUAAGCCUCAAUAGCUCAACGGUAGGAGUGGUUGGACUCAUCACCGAGGGGUGGUGGUUCGAUACCCGCCCCGUUGGUCUAUUAUUGUCGUACCCACUAUUAGCACAGUCUUUCCCUACUAGUCGGAGGGGAAUAGGAAUAUUGGUCAUAUUAUAAAAAAUAUGGCAAAUAUUCUUUUUUUUUUUAAAAAACAAUUGAAUUCUGCGCGAUAUAGGUUGCCGGGUAUGACGUUAUGAAUGAAUGAGUGAUUGAAAGAAGGAAUGAAUGAGAAACGAGACUAAGGCACCCCGCUGCUAGAUAGCAUCUGAGAUGUUGAGGACAGCGCCUAAUGCUGUGCAUAGACUAAUUGCAGUGAGCACUUGUCUGCGCGGUACAGAUAAGGCGACAUGAAUGAAUGAGUGAAGAAUGCGAAGGAGAAGGAAAAACACCGUGAGGAAACCUACAUACUAAAGAAUUUUCUUAAUUAUCUGCGUGUGUGAAGUCUGCCAAUCCGCAUUGGGCCAACGUGGUGGACUUAACCCCUUUCAUUCUAAGAGGAAACUCGAGCUCAGCAGUGAGCCGAAUAUGGGUUGACAGACAAAACUAGAUGAUUCAUACAUAUGCAAAAGUACAAUUUGUUGAUGAUGCAUAUAAAUUAUAAUAGGCUGCCCUGUUGACCUAUUUCUUAUUUUGGUCUGUAUUAUCAAUCCAUCAAAAUAAAAAACAAAUCAAUUGACAAAAAGUCAUCCACAUAAUAUGUUACAAAUAACAACGUCAUCCGGUGCUUACGUUACGGUGGAUAUCAUAGAUGACAGUUUGUUGUCCACUUCAAUAGGUUGAUAAUAAAGACCAAAAUAGUGAAUAGGCCAGCAGAAAUAUUUUUUGAUUGUUUAUAGUUUUAGAUAAGAUUAUUGUUAUUUAGAUUUUUAGACAUAACUUUGUAUAUAAAUGAUAUUGAUAUUGUAAAUAAAUAAUUAUUGACGAUA